AUGCCUUCCCUGUCUUUAAUACAAACAAACGUCAUAUUCGCAAGUUUGAGAAAGAAUAAUCGAAUGCGUCGAAAAAAACGCCGUAAGAAACUUUUUACCAAGGAGCGAACACAUUGCCACCAUCCUUUCUACAAACUCCUAAAUGUAAAGACUCUACCGGCAGCAAUAAUAAUGAACGCAGCACAACUUGCCAAGUGUGACAGAAAACUAAUGCGCUCGCAUAUGGAGCACCGCCCUGGGCUAAAAAAUGUUGAAGAAUGGAAGAAGUUCGUAUCUCAAAACUUCGACAAAAUAGCUGAGGCUGUCGUAGGUUCGGUCGUAAAAGACACAGCUAAAGUAUACUCUUCUUCCACUCCAACAAAUAAACAGCCGUAUGAAAAAAUGAGAACGUGCACGGUCCAGAUAAACAGCCUCUUCAGAUCGGAUCUCCCCCCUAUUGUAAAGACAUUCGUGUGUACUAGAUUACAAGAUUUGAUGGUUACCUCGACAGAUUAUACCCUUUGCUUUUCGGCACUCGUGAAUAUGAUGAUAAGUGAGCUGAGGACUAGCGAAUUCUUCUUUGACAACAAUGAUAUCAAUAUUAAGAAAGUUCCUGGAUUCAACCUCGCCGAAUUGCUGUCUUUUGUUACAACUAAUGGGCCAAAACAGAUCAUCCAGCCAUUGGACAAGGAUUUAAUUGCCUCUAAACGAUUUGAUACGGACUUCAAGUGUCUCUUCACAAGCCAACAUCUGCAAGUUGUGCAUAGUUAUUUUUUUGGUGCCCGUGGUGCUAAAGAAGAAAAUUUAAACUCCCACCCUGUGCAGAAUAGUCUGUUUUGUUCUUUCAAAGAAUCCGGCCUUGAUAAACAGAGCUUAUGUCUUGAGAAAGCAUCAUCGUCGGCAAUGUCGAUGGCUCUUGAAACGUACCUGGUCAACUUUGAGAAUAUGUGGGACGGAAAAAAAGAUAGUUAA